AUGGAGUACUCUUCAUACGAGUAUGAUCGCUGGGAUAGUGAUCCUCGACCACAUGCGCGCUACUAUCGACACUCCCAUCGACACAGCGGCCACCUCACACCCGAGCCACAAUACUCCAACUUGCACCGUUCACAUUCGCAAGGACACAAUGUCCCUCAUCCCACAAACAUCCACAUCUACAACAAGAUACCCCAAGAACGCGAACGCAAAGCCUACGACGACUUCCUCCGCAAGCAACGAGAAAAGGAAGAAGCAGAGGAAAAAGCAUACCGCGACGCCCUCCGCAAGCAAAAAGAAAAAGAAGAAGCCAAGGAGAGAGAAUAUCAAGCCUUCCUUCGCGAGCAAAAAGAAAAACAAGAAGCAGAAGAAAAGGCAAAGAAAGAAGAACAAGCACGCAUCGACUCUGCCAUGCGAGCACGUCUCGAAAAACUAGGCUUCUCCCAGCACGACAUAGAAAUCGCACUCGACCCAGAAAAAGCAGAAAAGGAAAAGAAGAAAAAGAAGAAACACAGACAUUCGGAAGAUGUGUUUUUUGACGACGAUGUCAUUAUGGUGGGUGGGCCUCCGACCUUGUCUGAAGCUUCUCCUGCUAUAGCCGUCGGGUUUCCUCAACAUCAUGUUCCCGUGUAUCCGCGCAUCAACCGCAAGUAUCUGGAUAUAGAGACUUUGGAGCAUUAUCGUGUGCCUUGGGAGUGGGAUCGUGCAAACUCCGAUUUCAUCAUUCUCCUGCGCGAACUUGACAAGUACGAGACAGAUGUCCUUUUCGAACACACGCGUCGCCGUCGUCAAGGUUCUUCUGCACAUUUGACCAUCGACAAGGUCAAGGAUUCGGCACCAAAGCUUGCUUUCGUCAGACGCAAGAGUAAGGAGAGAUCUAAGAGUAGAGGCAGGGAUAUCAGAGUCACCGAGAUUGUGAGACGUUAG